CGGGCCCGCCCCUCAGGGCCCGCCCCCCUUCCUGGCCGAAGUGGUCCUCAGUGCCCAUCCAUCUUUACCAGCGCCCCUGGAUCUUGGCUCGGGGCACAGGCACGACCUCCUUCCCAGCAGUGAAGACCCUACCGGAACAAUUCAAGACCCUCCAGAAAGACCUAGGGCUCGUGUGCCGGAACGACGGCAGGAACGUCCCGCUGCACCUCACGGCUUGGUUCCUAGCAGCAGACGGGGCUGGCCCGGGUCGGGGCCUUGGAGAGCGAGUUUCGGGCCUCAGGGAGACAGGGGCGCGGAGGGGCUCAAGGAAAGGGCUUCCAGCUGAUCUUGGAGCUAAGAGCCCGCCAGAGCCGCGUCUCCGCCCUCUCCCGCCCCUGCGAGCCCCGCGGCGCCGGCGAACAGGCGGACGCGCGGAUCCGCCUGCAGGGGACGGGGUCGAGCCGCACUGCGCAUGCCCCGUAGUCAUGGCUGGCGGAGGCGGUGGUUCCCGGCGGCGAGCUGCGCGCGGCGGUAAUUAGUAAUUGUCCUGCGGCUCGCGGGAGGAGAGGGCACGUGGGGCGAGGCUUCUCUGUGUCUGCCGUGCAGUACCCCAACCGAGGGGCCAGCCGGACAGAUGAGACCGCCGCCUCCUCACGCCCUAUAGACGUUUCUACGGAGAGAAGCACAAGCGAGUGCCGAGCUCUCCGGACCGCCGGCGGGAACUGAACUGGCGCGCGGGACCGAGCCGGAGGGCAGCGAGGCCGCGAGGAGGAAAGUGCGAUGGCGAGGAAUUUAUCUGUGAUCUUAAUCCUGACCUUCUCCCUGUCCUUCACAAAUCCCCUUCAUGAAGUAGGACCAGCCACUGCUUUCCCUCAGACCACUGAGAAAAUUAUUCCCAAUUGGGAAUCUGGCAUUAAUGUUGACAUGGCAGUUACCACACAGCAACACCACCUUCAGCAGCUUUUCCGUCGCUAUGGAGAAAAUAAUUCCUUGUCAGUUGAAGGGUUCAGAAAGUUGCUUCAGAAUAUAGGCAUAGAUAAGAUUAAAAGAAUCCAUAUACACCAUGACCACGAGCAUCACUCCGACCACGAGCAUCACUCUGACCAUGAUCAUCACUUUCACCGUAAUCGCGCUCCCAGUAAAAACAAUCGGAAAGCUCUUUGCCCAGACCAUGACUCUGAGAGUUCAAAUAAAGAUCCUAGAAGCAGCCAGGGGAAGGGAUCUCACAGAUCAGAACAUGCCAAUGGUAGGAGGAAUGCUUUAAUCAAGGAUGGUGUUGGUGCUGGUGAAGUGACCUCGACUGUGUAUAAUGCCGUCUCUGAAGGAACUCACUUUCUAGAGACAAUAGAAUCUCCAAAACAUGGAAAACUCCCCAAAGAUGUGAGCAGUUCCACUCCACCCAGUAUCACAGAAAAGAGCCGGGUGAGCUGGCUGGCUAAUAGGAAAACAAAUGAAUCUGUGAGUGAGCCCAGAAAAGGCUUUAUGUAUUCCAGAAGCACAAACGAGAAUACUCAGGAGUGUUUCAACGCGUCAAAGCUGCUUACAUCUCAUGGCAUGGGCAUCCAGGUUCCACUCAAUGCCACCGAGUUCAACUAUCUUUGCCCAGCCAUCAUCAAUCAGAUUGAUACCAGAUCAUGCCUGAUUCAUACGACAAGUGACAAGAAAGCUGAAAUCCCUCCAAAGACCUAUUCUUUACAAAUAGCCUGGGUUGGUGGCUUUAUAGCCAUCUCCAUCAUCAGUUUCCUGUCUUUGCUGGGUGUUAUCUUAGUGCCUCUCAUGAAUCGGGUGUUUUUCAAGUUUCUCUUGAGUUUCCUUGUGGCACUGGCUGUCGGGACAUUGAGUGGUGAUGCUCUUUUACACCUUCUUCCACAUUCUCAUGCGAGUCACCACCAUAGUCACAGCCAUGAAGAACCAGCAAUGGAAAUGAAGAGAGGGCCACUUUUCAGUCAUCUCUCUUCUCAAAGCAUAGAAGAAAGUACCUAUUUUGAUUCUACAUGGAAAGGUCUGACAGCUCUAGGAGGCUUGUAUUUCAUGUUUCUUGUUGAACAUGUACUCACGUUGAUCAAGCAAUUUAAAGAUAAGAAAAAAAAGAAUCAGAAAAAACCUGAAAAUGAUGAUGAUGUGGAGAUUAAGAAGCAGUUGUCCAAGUAUGAAUCUCAGCUUUCAACAAAUGAGGAGAAAGUAGACGUAGAUGAGCGUCCUGAAGGCUAUUUACGAGCAGACUCUCAAGAGGCCUCCCACUUUGAUUCUCAGCAGCCAGCAAUCUUGGAAGAAGAGGAGGUCAUGAUAGCCCAUGCUCAUCCACAGGAAGUCUACAAUGAAUAUGUACCCAGAGGGUGCAAGAAUAAAUGCCAUUCACAUUUCCAUGAUACACUCGGCCAGUCAGAUGAUCUCAUUCACCACCAUCAUGACUACCAUCAUAUUCUCCACCACCACCACCAUCAAAACCACCACCCCCACAGUCACAGUCAGCGCUACUCUCGGGAGGAGCUGAAAGAUGCCGGCAUCGCCACACUGGCGUGGAUGGUGAUAAUGGGGGACGGCUUGCAUAAUUUCAGCGAUGGCCUUGCAAUUGGUGCUGCUUUUACUGAAGGUUUAUCAAGUGGUUUAAGUACUUCUGUUGCUGUGUUCUGUCACGAGUUACCUCAUGAAUUAGGUGACUUUGCUGUUUUACUAAAGGCUGGCAUGACUGUUAAGCAGGCUGUUCUUUAUAAUGCUCUGUCAGCUAUGCUAGCAUAUCUUGGAAUGGCAACAGGAAUUUUCAUCGGUCAUUAUGCUGAAAAUGUUUCUAUGUGGAUAUUUGCACUUACUGCUGGCUUGUUCAUGUAUGUUGCUCUGGUGGAUAUGGUACCCGAGAUGCUACACAAUGACGCUAGUGACCACGGAUGUAGCCGCUGGGGAUAUUUCUUUUUACAGAAUGCUGGGAUACUUCUGGGUUUUGGAAUUAUGUUGCUUAUCUCCAUAUUUGAACAUAAAAUUGUGUUUCGCAUAAAUUUCUAAGUAGGGCAUAAAUGCUGAAGUAGCUUAAAGCUAUAGUUUGCUUUCUCUAGUUUGAAUAGGUCAUAGGGAGGUGAGAGUUUGUACGCUGUGAUAUGUCGCACUUAAGGUUAGUGGAUUUUGUGAUUUUUGUAUAGACUAUUGCCAUUUGUUAUGCUUAUAAGGUCAGUUAUGGUGGUAACAUAAAGGUACGUUUUAAUAUUUAAGUUAUUCUAUUUUGGGAAUAUGUUAUAUGUGCAAUUGACCAAUAUUACCGGUUUAUUGUAUAAACAAGAGAUUUGGCAUGACAUGUUCUGUAUAUUUCAGGAGAAAUGUCUUUAAUGUUUUAGAACUAAUUUAAUACAGUAAUUCCUAUGCUGGAUUUUAGGCCUCUGAAGAACUGCUAGUGUUUAGGAGUAAGAAUACACAUGAAGCCUAAAAUACCGAUAAAAGCUUAAAUUUAAUUUAAGCUAAGAAAUAGAAAGGGAGAAGAAUCUGUAUGAAUUGAGAAGGCAUAGAUUUCUUAUUAAAAAAAAAAAUCACAAAACUGAUUAUAAAAUAGAAGGAAAAAAUUAAGAUUUAAAUGAAGAAAGAAAUAUUAGUAUAGAGCACAUUCAUAAACAUUUUUGUCAGAGUAUUAAUGUUCCCAUAAAACCUUAGCACUUUUUACUAAUUUAGUUGUACAUUUAACUGUGUAUAAUAGAAACGUCUAAAUAUAUUUAAUGAAGUCAAGCAAAGUAUGUCAUUUGACCAAGAAAUUGAAAUUUUAAAAUAUUUGUGUGGAGAUAAACCAGAUGAGUAAGAGCCAGUUUACGUAUUGCCAAAAGACUUGGAUAUCACCAAGCUAUGUUUCACCCAAAGUUACAUUAUUGGAUGACCUGGUUAUUUGGCUUACUGAAUGUUAGCAUUGAUAUAUAUAUAUAAGGACGUUAAAGUGAUACUGGGUAUAAUUUGACUUCUUGGAUUCAGAAAGUACUUUGUUAUCUUUCAGUGCUUCAAUGUUGUUAUGAGCAAUUGUCAUUUUUUAUAUAGUACUGUAGACAUACUAGGGUUGUGUGGCAUUCUCUAGAUAUUGCUUUUCUACAAAAUAAAUUCCCCAU